UGUUCUGUUUUUUUGUGUGUAUUGCUGUCGGUGUGGGAGUAUCUACUGACCUGUGAUUGAGUGUGUGUGCACUAAGGUGCAAUCACUACGCGAGUGUUGAUGUACUCCUGGGAUAACUCAGUCACAGAGAUGUGUGUAGGAGUAUGUGGUGUGUAAGAUCCUCCCAAGCUCUGGGUCUCUCUUCCUCAUCAAAUCUCCACUCACGACAAUGACAUCACUGGAGUUUCCCCCCAGGAGGAAACGGUUUUAAUAAGAGCCACUCUCAGUGUCAGUCAACAAACCAGACUGGCAGUAACAGAAGAAGAGAAAGGCUGUCAUUAAGGCUACUAAGAGCUCAGCUUGACUUGAAGGGACUGAAGGAACUAAAUUAAAACAAUGGAACAUGAAUGCAAGGUAAUGCUGGACACCGCCGUCGACACAGGCGCCAUGAAACAGAGUGUCAAACCCAGCUCAAAGCUUACCAUGGCCCUGCUGGCAUUCACACUCUGCUUUGCUGCCACAGCUGCUGCUGCCCUCAUCUUUAACAAGGAUGUCAAGGGUUCAGGACCAAAUGACGACAAUUUUGAUCUUCGUCAUACAUUGAGGCAAAUUUCAAACGUGAGAGCAGCCAUUCAUCUAGAAGGAGAAUACAACUCUAACAUAAAAACUUCAGUGGAAUGGAAGAAUAAUGUGGAUCAGUCCCACUUUCAAGGAGGCCUAGAACUCAAUAACAACGAGAUUGUCAUUCCAGAAAACGGCCUCUACUUUGUUUACAGUCAAGCAUCUUUCCGGGUCAACUGCAGCAGUAAUAAUGUUGAUGACACUGCUUCCAUGGUCCACCUAAGCCACACUGUGACACGCUGGUCCAGCUCAUAUGGCAAUGAUGAUGCCAAGAAGUCAUAUCAAACUAUCCUACACUCUAUCCGCACUGCCUGCCAGAAAACAGCCAUCAGUGAUUCAGAUGAGGAUGAGAGCUGGUUCUCUGCUGUGUACAUGGGAGCUGUGUUCAACUUAAAGAAAGGAGACAGGCUGAAGACAGUGAUGGAGGAAGAGAUGCUGAAGAAACUGGAGGAUGAGCCUGGCAAGACUUUCUUUGGUGUGUUUGCCUUGUGAGGGCAGGUGACUGAGAGAAAGAGGUGACAGAUAUGAAGGCAGAUGACCAGCCCCACUGUAAGGCCUGCAGCCUGCUGUCCCACUGACACUCACUUACAUUGUUGAAUGUUAGGGUUUACAGAAUCCUUACACUGGAUUAUCCAGUCAGUGCAAUAUUCAGUGUAGGCUUUCAAACCAAACUUUAAAAGAAUGUAUAAGCAAUUUAUUGCUUGUUUAUAAUGUUAUGUACUAUGUACUACUACCUUAUUGUCGGUACCUUUUGCUGUAGUCCAAUGCUGAGUUUGUAAGACUUUUGGCAUUUGUGUGAAUUUACUAUGACUGUUGCACAUUUAAUGUGUCACUACAGGCUGACAGAAGCAGGUAGAAGUGGUUUUAUUUAUGUAUUUAUUUAACGUAAUAUUGUCAUAUUUAUUUUAUUUAUUCAAUAAUAUAUUUAUUUGUGUGUGUGUGUUUUCAUGUGUUUUUGCGAAGAAUGUCUUUAUCAGAAAUUGUGCUGGAUUGUAUUCAUCCAUCCAUCCAUCCUCUAUACACCGCUUUAUCCUCACUAGAGUUGCGGGGGGUGCUGGAGCCUAUCCCAGCUGACUCGGGCGAAGGCAGGGGACACCCUGGACAGGUCACCAGUCUGUCGAUUGUAUUCAUAAUUUAUUAAAUUAUUCACUGUAACUGAUAAUCAGUUUAACAGUUUUUAUUUAUUUUUUUGG